AUUAUCUAUGGGUCCGACGACGUUUCUCUUUUUUUGGGCCAACUCAUCGGUCUUUUUGACACAGAAUUAUCAAGCAAAUAUGUUUGUUUUCACAUUGAGAAAGUUAUGAAUUGGGAAUUAUUUAUUGAAGAAUAUUAGACAAUAACAUUUUCGAAAUGGAGGUGCACUAUCUCGUAUUAUUUUUGAGUAUUUUAUGGCACGGAUGCGACGCCUUAACGUGGAGCCUCGCACCGAAUACACAGAAGUGUUUGAAAGAGGAAUUGCACGCCAAUGUGCUCGUCGCGGGAGAAUAUUCAGUAACAGAAGUAGGAGGACAAAGAAUCGACUAUAUUGUGCGUGAUUCAAAGGGUCAUAUCCUGGCCACCAAAGAUCAUGUCACAAAAGGAAAGUUCACAUUCGUCACUGAGACAUAUGACACAUUUGAAGUUUGCUUCAUAUCAAAAGUACCGCCAGAACAUAGAGGAGUAGCACAAGAUGUAACUUUAGAUAUCAAAGUAGGCAUUGAAGCAAAAAACUAUGAGGGAAAAUGGAUUGCUGAAGCUGCAAAAUUAAAGCCCAUGGAAAUGGAGCUUAAGAGAUUAGAAGAUUUAUCAGAGGCUAUCGUGCAGGACUUCACCUCCAUGAGGAAGAGGGAAGAAGAGAUGAGGGACACUAAUGAGUCAACCAACAACAGAGUUUUAUUCUUCAGCGUGUUCUCCAUGAUCUGCCUGCUAGGGUUGGCGACGUGGCAAGUGUUGUACCUGCGCAGAUACUUCAAAGCCAAAAAACUCAUUGAAUAACAUAUUUUUUUACUUUCGAUAUAGUCACACUGGGCUAGAGAUUAUUUUUCAAUGAACUAUUAUUCUGUUAUAAGUAUAAACAUUAAAAUAUUAUUGUGUUAGUUAUAAAUCGUAAUAUAGCAACUUUCAACUGAGCACAAUAUUAUAAAUAGUAAUCUUGGUAUUCGUAUCGAAUAUACUGAUAAUAAUUAAUAUUGUCAUUUCAUGAAAUCGUCUUUAUCAACCAUAGAGUAAUGCUGAUCGCACAUUACCGUCGUAUUUUUCUGUACUGAAUAUGUGAAUUAUUGCAGCCACAUUAUUGUGUUGUAACUUGUAACACUAUUUGGCUCGAUCAUCCACUGAUAAACAACUUAACAGACUACAGCUGUAGACAUAAUAUUAUUAUUCAGCUUGAAUUGCUGGGUACAGAAAUUUGAGAUUUUGCAUGUAGGCUGGAUAAUAAUAAUUUCUUCAUUAAAAUAAAAACCCAAAAAGUUACAAAAUAUAAGUAAACUCAACACUGAAGGUUGUAGGCAAUUUUUUUUAUUUGCACUGUGCCGAGAUCCAGUGUGCUGAAUAAAGACU